AUGGCCGCCCCGAUCGAUACAUAUGACACGUACUAUCCACGCCAUUCGAACGAUGCUAUUUCGGUUUUCACUGCUCUGAAGGAAUGGUUACCGGCCGAAAUCGUCCUGGAGGUGUUAGACUACGCCGAAUAUUGGCUUCUAUCCCGGGUCGCUAGAGCGGACGAAAUGCAAUAUGAGGAGAGGGACUGUCGCGGGCAAACACCAUACCUGAUAUCUGCACCCAUUCAAGGCGAGCGGCACCCCGUGCAAAAGAUCCAAAUCACAGUCUGGAGCCAUGACCAGGGGUGGAGUAGCUAUCCCCAAGAUCAUGGCUCCUUCAACAAUUCUUGGACAUGGUUUGACCUUGGUAUCGCCAGGCCGCCGGGGAGAGAUGAUAUUUCCAAGAAUGCGAACUUGCGGCUGGCAACCAAUGUGCACGCAAGCAAGAAAACCGUGUGCCAUGAGAUUACCUACCGCAGUGAUCAGAAUCUGUGGUGGGUUCGAAACCUUCAAGCUGGCGAUAGGAUCUCUAUCAUUCCACGGGCGUUGUUUCCCGGCUGGCGGAACUUUGUGGAAAAGGCUUGUAUUGAGAUCUAUACUACGCCGUUUUGA